CAGGAGACACACACACUCACACUCACCUCGCAAAGAGGCGCAUACAGAAACUUAAUAUAUAAAAGUUACCAAAAAAAAAAAGAAAAAAGAAAAUACAAAGAAAAGCAAGUGCAGGCAAGGGCGCCCGAGUGCGGCCAAUGGAAAUGCCAAACAAAAUGCAGAAGCAACAAAUUCAACGGCAACAAAAACAACAACAGCAACAGCAGCAGGAGCAACUGCACUUUCCAAAUACAUAAGUCCACCGAAUACCGAUACCGUUUUGUGGUCCGUCUUUGUCGCGCGCGUUCACACACAUACACACACACAUACAUCUACACAUGCAAGUGCAUAAAUGGCAAUAUGGACGAGCAGAAGCAGCGGCAGCAACAGCAGCAACAACAACAACAACAGCAGCAGCAGCCUGGUCUACCAGCACAGUGACACGCGCGUGCCAAACAUUGCCGAUUUUAUCAUCAGAGGCGAACGCCACCAGCAGCAGCAGCAGCAGCAGCAGCAACGACAACAACUCCAGUGGGACCAGCUAUUAACUGAAGGAGUCGCAACAAUAAUAACAAUACCAACAACAACAACAACAACAAUAAGAACAACGAACAUUGCUGAAAGGCGUCGCCAAAUAUCAAAAUGUCAAUUCAGAAGCUGAACGACACCGCCAACUCGGGCUACGUGAGUUCCGAGGAGACGGACUCGCUGCUGGUGAGUCAGAAUCCAAAUCCGGCUCGCGUCGGCGGCGGACGAACGGCGCUGCUCCGGCAGGUGAAGAGCAGCUCCACAAAUGGACCAACCGGUGCCACCUCCACCUCCUCGACGGGCUCUGGCACUGGCUCCGGCACCGGAUCCGUCACAGGCUCUGGUGCGGGCUCUGUGGCGGGUUCGGGAACGGGAACGGGAACGGGAACGGGAACAGGCUCCGGAGCUGGGAGCACACAGGCCAGUAAACCGACGCUGAUGCGUCAGGAUCGGACUUCCACAUAUCUAACCAGUCCGCAGCAAUCGCAGCAUGCGAGAAUGGGCUCCGAGGAGAGUAUGAGAGGAGGCUGCGGUGGCGGUGGUGGCAUAACGAAUCCCCACGACGAGGAUGUGGAGCAGGGACUGCUCCGUACAAGCCUAGUGCCUGACAUCGAAGUUCACGAAGAGGACCAAGAUCAGACCAACGACCAAAAACAACAGCAACCACAGACCAUAUCAAUUAUGAAUUUAAGCCUGAAGCCCGGCGAUAGCCACAGUCACAGCCAUAGCCAUAGUCAUAGUCCCAGUCCAGGGCCAGGUCCGGGUCCCGGUCCCGGUCCUGGUAGCCAUCCCAAUUUGGGCACAUCAUCAUAUCAGAAUCUGGCCUCAAGCAUACCGCCCAGCGCUCCAAGCCGGUGCCGGGCAUGCCGCAAUUGCAGCCGUCGUGCUUCCACCACGCCCAUGUCCAGCUCCAUUGCGGAUCGGGGGCAGAUCGAUAGGAGCGCCUCGCGGGAUAGCGUCAAGAGCGCCUUCCAGGGCCAGGGCAAUCUCAGUGGAUCCAUGCUGCUCCAGCUGCAGCAGCAGCAUCAGCAACAGCAGCAGCAGCAACACUAUCAACACCAGCUCCAAGUAGUCCACCAGCAGCAGCAGCAGCAGGUGCCACCUCCAGUCCUUAUCACAUCGUCGCCCACGAAUGGAUCCCGAAUAAUCCGUCAGAGUUCGCAGCCAGAAUCGAGCACCACGGCCAUCGUUUGCUGUGGUCCCCACUCCGCCUGUGUGGGUCACUCGCAUUCCCAUUCGCACACGGUGCCCAAUGUGUCCCUGAAGCAGCUCAGGGAGAGCUCCGGCGAUGGCAUCGCUGGCAUUGCAGCGGAUUCAUUGAGGAUCAACGGUGGCAUGCGGCCCUUCAAGCAGCUCCGCAAACCGGCGUCGACACUCUCAAUUCCUGGCUCGAUGAAAACACCUUCCAUUGCGAACCGGGAACAGAUCUCAUCUGGAUGCAACGAAGAAGCGGCCGAGGCACUAGUGGGUAUCCACUCAGACUACCCUAGGUAUGAAAUGUAUAUGGAAGAACGUGCUCUUACUGGCGGCAAUACGUCCAGGAAGCCAUCAACAAACUCGGCCAAACACAAACCCAAUGUGGGCUAUCGCCUGGGAAAGAGGAAAGCCCUCUUUGAGAAACGCAAGCGCAUCAGUGACUACGCCCUGGUUAUGGGCAUGUUCGGGAUCAUCGUGAUGGUAAUCGAAAACGAGCUGAGCAGUGCCGGUGUCUACACAAAGGCAUCGUUCUACUCGACAGCGUUAAAAACCUUAAUAUCUGUUUCGACUGUGAUUCUUUUAGGACUUAUAGUAGCUUACCAUGCUUUGGAAGUGCAGGUGAGAUUAUUCAUGAUAGAUAACUGCGCCGACGAUUGGAGGAUCGCAAUGACAUGGCAACGAAUUAGUCAAAUAGGGUUAGAACUUUUUAUAUGCGCUAUACAUCCAAUUCCUGGCGAAUACUAUUUCCAGUGGACGACGAAAUUGGCCAAUAAGAAUAAAACAAUUGGCACCGAAAUGGUGCCAUAUGACGUAGCUUUAUCAUUACCUAUGUUCCUUCGAUUAUAUUUAAUCUGCCGCGUAAUGCUGCUGCAUUCAAAGCUAUUCACAGACGCAUCAUCACGGAGCAUUGGCGCUCUCAAUAGGAUUAAUUUUAACACAAGAUUCGUUUUAAAAACUCUUAUGACAAUAUGCCCGGGAACGGUUCUAUUGGUCUUCAUGGUCUCGCUGUGGAUCAUCGCCUCCUGGACGCUGCGUCAGUGCGAAAGAUUUCAUGACGAAGAACAUGCGAAUCUUUUGAAUGCAAUGUGGCUGAUAGCGAUAACAUUUUUGAGUGUUGGUUUCGGUGAUAUUGUUCCGAAUACGUACUGUGGACGUGGUAUCGCUGUCAGUACAGGAAUAAUGGGCGCCGGCUGUACGGCCCUUCUGGUGGCCGUCGUUUCCCGGAAACUGGAGCUGACCCGUGCCGAGAAGCAUGUGCACAACUUCAUGAUGGACACGCAGUUGACCAAAAGGCUGAAAAAUGCUGCGGCGAAUGUCCUUCGUGAAACUUGGCUCAUUUACAAACAUACAAGACUAGUAAAACGGGUUAAUCCCGGCCGUGUAAGAACCCACCAAAGAAAGUUCCUUCUAGCUAUAUAUGCGUUGCGAAAAGUUAAAAUGGAUCAGCGCAAACUAAUGGAUAAUGCAAACACAAUAACUGAUAUGGCCAAGACACAAAACACUGUCUACGAGAUAAUAUCGGACAUGUCUAGCCGUCAGGAUGCCAUCGAGGAGCGCUUGACCAACCUGGAGGACAAAAUGCAGAGCAUACAAGAGCACAUGGAGAGCCUUCCGGAUUUAUUGUCCCGCUGCUUGACCCAGCACCAGGAGCGGAUCGAGCAGCGUCGCAACUUUCUGCAUCCGGAUACAGCGGCGGCGGCGGUGGCCCCCAUUGCUGCACCGACCCCCCAAUCGAUGUUCAACGCGGCGCCUAUGCUGUUUCCGCAUUCUAGAAGUGUUCCCUCAUCCAAUAACGCCGCUGCUACUUACCAUUGGCCAACAAGCCCUAUUUUGCCACCUAUAUCUAGUAGAACACCACAUUUAGUGCCUGAUACUCACAUGCCAUCAAAUGGAUCUGCAGUUAAUAGCUACGCAUCUUCCAACAAAUACGGCAGCUGAAUAUCAGAAA